UGUUUGUAUAAAUAUUGUAGUUCUUAUUUUUAUAUAUUUAUAUACAUUGAUUAUUAUUUUUUUGACAAACAUACUUUAAGUAAUGUUUUAAGCUGAAACUGUUAAGCUUAUAUAUAUUAAUAAUGUAAUUACAAACGCAAUACUUAUCAAAAACGGAAUGAUAAGGUAAUUUUUAAUUAUUUUUAUCAAAAUGACGUAGGUUUUUGUUGGGAAGAGUAUAUUAAUAAUAUUGAUACAGUUUAUUAGUGCGGACGUAAGCGAGGCCAACGUAGAUAGCAAGGUAACAAUAUUUAUUCAUCGUAUCAAAGUACGCGAAUCAAAGGUCGCUUAGUAGUUUCCACGCGAAAAUGACUAUUAGAGCGAAGAUAUUAAAAACCUUAAUAUUAGGCGCUCCGGCAUCAGGAAAAGGUACGAUUUCUUCAAGAAUUGUGAAAAAAUAUAAUGUGGAACAUGUAUCCAGUGGUGAUAAGUUAAGAGAUCACAUUGAAAAACAAACUGAAUUAGGGAAGGAAGUAAAAAAAUACCUUAAUGAAGGGAAACUUGUACCUGACGAUGUAAUAAUUAAGUUUAUGAUUAUGGAAUUGAAGAAAGUGGAAAGUAAACCCUGGCUUCUAGAUGGUUUUCCUAGGACAGUGGCUCAGGCCAAUGCUCUUUGGAAAGUUCAACCAGUUGAUCUAGUCUUAAAUUUAGUUGUGCCAUUUGAAGUUAUUAUUGAUAGAGUGAAAAAUCGGUGGGUUCAUUUGCCUUCGGGAAGAGUUUAUAAUAUAGGAUUCAAUACACCGAAAGUGAUGGGUAAAGAUGAUGUAACCGGUGAAGAUUUGAUUCAGCGUCCAGAUGAUAAACCAGAAGCUGUGCAAAAAAGAUUACAAAUAUAUGAGAGUGUAACUCGACCAGUAAUAACCUUUUAUAAAGAAAAAGGAAUUCUCAAAGAAUUUGAAGGGCGGACAUCUGAUGAAAUCUGGCCCAAAGUGACAGCAUAUUUAGAUCCUAUUCUAAAAUAGUUUUAGAAUAAUUUUGACCAAAAUAUUAAAACUGUUUUACAUAUAUUUUGUAUCAUAUGAAAAUGUAGCACAAAACUAUUAAAAAAAAGCACAUGUUCCUUAAAUAAUCUCAUUUUUUAACAAGAGGCUCUCUGCAUUAUAUCUGAAAAAAUGUAUUCUAUUUACAACUAUAAAAAACAUAAAAUAUUUGACAAUAAUCAUAAACAUCUUGUAAUCAUUUAGUCACAAAUACUUCAUUUUAAAAACUUGUAUAUUGUUUUAUAAACUGUUCUGUUUACAUAAUGGUCUUCCAUUUAAACAUUUUUGUACUUAAAAUUGGUUUUUUACCCACUAUAUACAAGUUGAGCUGUUUUAUAGGUAUUUAUAGUUAUUUUUUGUAAUUUAAAAUAUAAGAAAUAUUGACAUGUCACUCUUUGUAAAAUUGGUGAUGCAAAUUUUUUAUAACCGUAACAAGUAAUUUUAUACAUAUUAAGUAUGGAACAAGAAGCAUAUCUCAAAGAUGUAGCAUUAAUAAGUUAUAAAUUUAUGAUCAACAAAUAUUAUUUUAAUGAUAAGAGGUAUUUAUUAUCUUUACAUAUAUUGUUUUAUGCUAUAGUAUAACUAAGGAAUUGGCAUAUAAUUAUUAUGAUUCUAGUCAUCAUAUUAUUUGUUACAACAUCUAGAAUAAAGGAACAUACAAGCAACGAAAUUUGAUUGUUUUUAUAGUUGUAAUUUCUAUAAAUCUGGAUUUUUAAUAUUAACUAAUAAUAGGCAAAUAAUGACGUAACAAUUUAUGGGUUUGUGCAAUUUUUUUAAUCAAUAAAAUCCUUAAUACACUGUAAAAGUUUUAGAUUAAAUUUGUAAUGGUUUAUAAUGAUUUAGAUUAUAAUGGUUUAUUUUUAUAUUGUUUUAGAAUUUUGUUGUGGGUGAAAGUCAAUUUAUUGACAUUUAUAAAUAGUAAGACAAGCACAAGAUAAGGUACCUGUUGGUAAAUGUUAUUAUUAUAUAUUAUUUUUUGUUAGGUUUGUAUUAUGAUAAAUGGUUUGCUUAGUUAAUUAUGUCCAAUGUUUUGACGUCCGCUAGUAUUCCAAAAUUGAAUUUAUUAUAGAUAUAAAAUGGUUUACAAUGUUUGCUUUUGAUUGUUGUUAUUG